UAUUUUGCAUAAAAUGCAUAUUUUGCAUAAUUGCAUAUUUGCAUAAAUCGAGCAUAUUAUUUGCAUAAAAUGCAUAUUUUUCCUAAACUUUACAUAUCCCAUGUAACUUUGAAGUAGAUAUAUAGAGAUCAUUUGUAACUUUAUGGAAUGUCUGUGUUAUCGAUGAAUUUCAGUCUGAUCACGUGAUCACUGAUCAAUCGGAAUAGCGAGUGUCGGUCUCGGUUGUAUUUACGUUCUGCGGAUUACUACGCGUGCUAUCUGCCAGUUUAUUUUCGAGCACUGAGCAGUUGAUAGGGUGAAUAGCGUGAAUAGAGAAGUGAAAAGAAAAGAAAUGCCGAAAGUUAAGAAAAAUAAAUACGUGCUGGUGAAAAGCUGGAUCGACCAAAUCAGCCACAAAUAUUUAACAUAUGACGGAAAUUCUGUUUAUUGCAAUGGAUGUAACAAAGAGAUUACAUGUGAUAGAAAGUCACAAUUAACUCAGCAUAUUUCAACAUCUACACAUAAAAUGAAUGUGUUACAUUUAGAAAAUAACGAACACAGUGAAAAUAUUAACGAAUCAGAUGGAAAAAAGCAACAGUCAAAAUAUGCAAAUACUUUUUACGUCGAUCUUUGCAAAGCUAUGAUUGCUGUUAAGAUGCCCUGGCGUUGUCUUGACAAUGAGACAUGGAGAAAUUUCCUCGCUAAAUAUACACGACAACAAAUUCCGAAUGAGUCAACUUUGAGGAAGAAUUAUUUGGAUGUCUGCUACAAUUCGGUCAUCGAAAAUAUUAGGUCAGAUAUUGGCGAUAAUUAUAUUUGGAUAUCUGUAGACGAAACCACAGAUAAACUCGAUCGUCAAGUCGCAAAUUUAAUAGUCGGUAAACUAUGUGAGGAAACUACUACACCUCAUCUAAUUUCGUCUCAAGUUCUGGAGAGAACCAAUCAUACCACUAUUGCUCGCUUUGUAAAUUCAAAUAUGAAAAUCUUGUGGCCAAGGGAAUCCCAUAAAGAACGAGUUCUAUUACUUGUAACAGAUGCAGCUGCAUAUAUGUUAAAAGCUGCAAGGGAUCUUCAAAUUUUCUAUCCAAACAUUAUACACUUAACAUGCUUGGUGCAUGGGUUUAAUAGAGUGGCUGAAGAAGUUCGCCUUCACUUUCCUCUCGUUAAUACUAUAUCUUCAGUAAAAAAAAUUUUUUUGAAAGCUCCGCUUCGUAUAGAAGAAUAUCGAGCAAAAUUAGGAAAUAUUCCAUUACCACCUGAACCAAUUUUAACAAGAUGGAGAACUUGGAUUGAAGCUGCACUUUUUUAUGCAAAUAAUUUUACUAGUAUUCGAGAGGUUAUUGAGUCUUUCAAUUCAGAAGAUGCUAAGUCGAUCAUUUCAGCGAAGAAUGUACUUCAAAAUCCACAGCUUGUCAAAGAUUUAUGUUAUAUUAAAACAUAUUUUAAAAAUCUUCCUAAAGUAAUGACAAAACUGGAAUCAGUAGGAUUACCUUUAAUUGAAUCGACUGAAAUAGCAAGGUCGUGUAUUGAAGACUUGAAAGCGAUUCCAGGUCCUUGUGGACAAAGAAUUUCAGAAAAAAUACAGCAGAUUCUGAAUAGAAAUCCCGGAGUGAAGGAAAUAUUUAAAAUUAGUGACGUAUUAAAAUGUACGCCUAAUUCCGAAAUUCCUGAAACGAUUCCAUCUUCUUUAUGAAGCAAAUAUAAAUAUGCUCCCGUCACGUCCUGUGACGUUGAAAGAUCCUUCUCUGCUUAUAAACUAAUACUAUCAGAGAAAAGGCAUAGUUUCACUCCGGCUAAUCUCGAAAAAUAUCUUGUUACUUACUGUCAUUUAAAUUACAACCAA